GGGGGGGGGGGGGGAACAUGAGAGGUCGUGAUCUGAUAAACAAUUGCUUACCGGAAGAACUCAUCCUCGAGAUCUUCCAGCGACUCGAUUCGAAGCCCACCCGCGACGCUGCCUCCCUCGUCUGCAAACGAUGGCUUCACCUCGAGCGUUUCAACCGCACCACUCUCCGCAUCGGCGCCUCUUUCUCUCCCGACACCUUCGUCACCCUCCUCUCUCGCCGCUUCCCCCACGUCACCUCCAUCCACGUCGAUGAGCGUCUCUCCGUCUCCCUCCCUCCUCCUUCUCCUCCUCUCAAAAGGAAGCGUGGGAGUAACAAUUCAUCAUCAUCAUCAUCGCCUUCGUCAAGUAAACGUCAGAGACUGACACGUUCUGGAUCUGAGUACACUGAGUCUUCCAGCUUGACUGAUGCGGCCUUGAUAGCUCUUGCUAAUGGGUUUCCACGGAUUGAGAACCUGAGCUUGAUAUGGUGCCCUAAUGUUUCCAGUUUCGGUUUGCGUUCCCUUGCUCACAAGUGCACCUCUCUCAGAUCUCUUGAUCUACAGGGUUGCUUUGUUGGAGAUCAAGGCUUAUCAGCUGUUGGAAAGUUCUGUAAGCAGCUCGAAGAACUAAACCUGCGGUUUUGUGAAGGCUUAACUGAUGCUGGGGUUAUCGAUCUUGUUCUUGGUUGUGCCAAGUCCUUGAAGUCCUUUGGUGUUGCUGCCUCGGCCAAAGUAACAGAUGCAUCUCUGGAAGUAGUUGCUUCUCACUGCAAACUUCUCGAAGCGUUGUUUCUGGAUUCUGAAUACAUCCAUGAUAAAGGAGUCGUGGCGGUAGUGAAGGGAUGUAAACGUUUAAAGAGUCUAAAGCUUCAGUGUGUUAACGUGACGGAUGCUGCGUUUUCCGUGGUGGGAGACGUGUGUAUUUCCUUGGAGCGAUUGGCUUUGUAUAGCUUUCAGCAAUUUACUGACAAGGGCUUGAAGUCCAUUGGUAAAGGGUGUAAGAAUCUGAAAGAUCUCACCCUAAGUGACUGCUACUUUGUGAACUGCGCUGGUUUAGAAGCUAUUGCUCAUGGCUGCAAGGAACUUACACGUAUAGAGAUUAAUGGAUGUCACAACAUUGGUACUCGUGGACUAGAGGCAAUUGGAAGAUCUUGCCCGAACCUCACUGAGUUAGCUUUGCUAUAUUGCCAAAGGAUUGGUAAUUCCGCUCUUUACCAAAUUGGAAAAGGGUGUAAAUCCCUUGAAACACUUCACUUAGUAGACUGCGCUGGCAUUGGAGACAGUGCUAUGUGCAAUAUUGCUAAAGGCUGUCGCAACCUCAAGAAAGUCCAUAUCCGCAGAUGCUACGAGAUUGGAAACAAAGGGGUCAUAGCCAUUGGAAAACAUUGUAAAUCACUAACCGAGCUUAGUGUCCGGUUUUGUGAUAAAGUUGGAGAUGUAGCAUUGGUUGCCGUUGGAAAAGGUUGUUGCUCCUUACAACAACUAAACGUAAGUGGUUGUCAUCAAAUUGGAGAUGUUGGAAUCUCAGCAAUAGCCAAUGGCUGUCCUCAACUCACUCACCUAGACAUUAGUGUACUUCAGAACAUUGGAGACAUGACGUUGGCUGAGCUUGGAGAAGGAUGCCCAAUGCUGAAAGACUUGGUCUUGUCCCAUUGCCACCAUGUAACAGACAAAGGUCUGAACAAUCUUGUGAACAAAUGCAAACUGCUGGAGACUUGCCACAUGGUUUACUGUCCAGAGAUCACUUCGGUGGGAGUGGCUACAGUCGUCUCGAGCUGUUCACACAUCAAAAAGGUGUUGAUAGAGAAAUGUAAAGUGAGCGAGAGGACGAAGAGGAGAGCUGGAUCGAUUCUCUCUUACCUCUGUGUGGAUCUCUAGAUCGUUAUUUUUAAGGUCAUAUUUUGAACAAUGGUAGUUGUGUUUUCUUUAACAAAGUCAUACUCUAGUCCAAACUUAUGUUGAUGAGACGGUCGUUGUUUUUCAGAAUAAGUUUUUGAUGCUGUAAUAUUAUGUGAGACGGAAGUUUAGUUGGGAUCUACAGUUGUGCAAAAUUUAAAUGCUUCGAAAACAGUUGGGGUUUCUUUCUGUUUGAGAAAAGAGUUUCGGGGAAACCUCCUUCAUCGCUUCAACAAUAAAC